AUGAGCUCAUCGAGGCUCUCUGAUAUGGAGUGGAACCGCGUGAAACAGCAACUUGAGCACCUUCGUGUCGAGCAAGAGCGGGCGGCACAGGAGCGAGGGCGGUCAGUUCUGGACUAUGUUGCGGCUCUUGCUGCAUUCUCAACUGCGGACAAUGAUGCUGCUGCAACGCGGCUGUGUGAUGAGGUGCCAAAGACAGCACCUCCAGUGGAGGACGAGCUGUUGCAUGCGGUGCCAGGCGAGGAAGAGAGUUGCAGCGGCGUUGAGUGUGAGGAGUCGGCAACGGAUGUCAUAGAAGAAGAUCCUGCUGCCACAACCACACCACCACCUAUGGUUGAACAAUCUACGGUACCAUUGCCACCAACAGAAGCCGUGGCGGUUGCCGAUGACUUCUCGACUAUCGUGUCUCCGCCCGACAAGCUUGCAGUCGCUAUUUGGUCCCAUGCGUCGAUGACAAAGAAGGUCGUGGCUCAUCCACAACCAACGUCGAUAGCAACUCUAAUGGUUAGUUCGUUGGUUCGGAAUGAAGUGGUGAAUUGGAAGUUUAGGAGGAAGCUUGAUGUGUGGGGUGAUGGCGAGCCCCCAUCGCCGUUCAAGAAGGAUUCGUCGACGGAGGAAGAGACGUCGCAGGGAUCGCGGGAGAAGAGGAGGGGUGUGGCGGCUCCGAUCGAGCAAUUGAAGAUGUCACUGGUGGCGGCUUCGACCGAAGGGAAGGAGAGGCCAAAAGACAAGAAUGGAAUCCCGCUCGUUGCGAGAGGAGAAAAUGCUGCCGGAGUACCAGUGGAAGAAGAAUUCCGCGGAGACAGCGCCAUCCACUAA